AUGAGCCAGCACAAAGGUAUCAUCGCAUAUCUAGCAUCUGCAAACUUGCCUCAGAGCUCGGCUGCUCUACGAGAAGAGCUCGGCGACUCGAUUACAGUGGACGACAGCACACUAAAGAAAUAUGAGGGCCUGCUGGAGAAGAAGUGGACUAGCGUUGUCCGCCUACAGAAGAAGAUCAUGGAUUUAGAAUCACGAUGCGCCUCACUGCAGGCUGAGCUGGACACUGCAACCCCCACAUCUCUCUCUCGACGAAAUCAAGACCCAGCAUCCUGGCUGCCGCGAGCCCCAGCGCGCCAUGAUCUCGAAUCGCAUCGCUCACCAGUCACAUGUGUCGCUUUUCACCCCAUAUUUUCCUCCCUCGCGUCCGGUUCAGAAGACACCACAAUCAAGAUUUGGGACUGGGAGCUGGGUGAGCUGGAGAGGACCAUCAAAGGACAUACAAGGGCAGUAUUAGAUGUUGACUAUGGAGGACCGCGCGGCGGAACCCUUCUUGCGUCCUGUUCUUCGGAUCUAACGAUCAAGCUGUGGGACCCAGCGGACGAAUACAAGAAUAUCCGAACCCUGCCAGGACAUGACCACAGCGUAUCAGCAGUGCGUUUCAUUCCGUCCGGAGCGGCAGGAUCUCCCAUGUCAGGAAACCUGCUCGUCUCGGCGUCUCGUGAUCAUACUCUACGGAUAUGGGAUGUCACAACUGGGUACUGCCUCAAGACCCUACAGGGCCACGCAUCCUGGGUUCGAGAUGUUGCGCCGUCCCCCGAUGGUCGCUUCCUCUUCUCCGCGGGAGAUGACCAAGUUCCUCGCCUGUGGGAUGUUUCUUCCGGUGAAACAAAGUCUACAUUCCUAGGCCACGAGCAUGUUAUCGAAUGUGUUGCCUUCGCUCCACCAACGAGCUAUCCCCACCUCGCCCCUCUUGCGGGACAGAAAAAGCCCCCGGCCGCAUCGUCGUCUGCCGAGUUCGUGGCCACAGGAUCUCGUGACAAGAGCAUUCGUCUCUGGGAUGCCCGUGGAAAUUUAAUCAAAACUCUUGUUGGGCACGAUAACUGGGUUCGUGCAUUGGUUUUCCAUCCCGGUGGAAAAUACCUUCUAUCGGUGUCCGAUGACAAGACCUUGCGCUGUUGGGAUCUUACACAAGAAUGCAAGUGUGUGCGCACAAUUGCUGCUCACGACCAUUUCGUCAGCUCGAUUCGAUGGGCACCCCCGUUAAUCAAGGACACCGGGGCCGAGGAUGCCAAUGGCGCAGAGGCUGGCAAAUCAAGUGUUGCAAAAGAAGACCCCAACGCGAUCAAGAUGUCUAUUCGAUGCGUUCUGGCGACUGGUAGUGUUGAUCUCAAGGUCCGUGUCUUUGCAUCAUGA